AUGCACACGUCCUCAUCGACUUCGCAUGCAUCCGCGAGCGCACCGGUUCGAUUACCCCCGGUUUCCGUUCCCCGCGAUGACGAACUCCUGCCACCUCCUGUGAGUCUCCGUCGCCGUCGAGCCUCGUGGCCAGGCAGCUCGGUCUAACGAGGGGGGACCGACCCCGUGAUCCGAGAGGCGAGCUGAACCUUGCCCCAUGCCCAUUGCCCGUUCGUCGCGUCAUUGUUGGCCAUAUCCUUGCCUCUCGCGUUCUUCGUGCCUCCUUUCUCACUCUUUUUCAAACAGGCUACUGGUUUCAACAGCCUGAGAAGGGUGUCUCUCAGUGACCCGUUCUUGCAUGCCUACCCUCAGUCGGGUCCUGGCCCGAAUGGCCCGGGAGCGGCCUCGUCCGGAUCGGGUAUGGAUCCUCCGUCGCCGACCUCGGUCAAUUCGCAGCAAAUGGGCUUCUCCGCAAAGCGACGCGACCUGGAUGGUGAAGGCGAGGCCAAACCGUUCGAUCACAACGGCCGGGGUCCACCUCAGCAAUCGUAUGCCGAAGGCUCUCGUUCGGGCUCGCCGACGCACCCUUACCAUGGCCAUUCUCAGGCCAACUAUGGCGGGUACGGUCCCGGGGGUCACUAUAUCACUCAACAGCAGCAGCAACCACUUUCGCAACACCACUUGUCGCACCACCCCCACCACCCGCAGUCACAGUCUCAUCUCUAUGGCCCCAGCCAUCCCGGACCGGCUGUACCGGUGUCCCAGCACCAGCUGGGUCCGAGUUCGAGCUAUCGGUUCGGCGGCCCGACACCAAUAGGGCCUCCGCAGGAAUCUGGUUCCUACUUUGGUCAGUACUGUGUCCUCGAUGUCGGCCUCUUCGAGUGAGUUGCGACUGAACAGAGUGAUUAUUGUCCAUCAAUAGAUUAUUCCAUGAGGCGGCACUCGCUCUCAACGAAUGGGAUCCUCGGUGCCCCUGGCUCAGCGUCGGCAACGCCUUCGUCGCCGACACGACGGAUAUCCGCCGAGGCCGCUCCCGGCAAUCUGAAGCGGAAACAAUCCGGCGAGGGUGUCAUUCAUGAGGAAGGAGGAUACCAACACGCCGGUGCUUACGCCUAUUCAGGCAAUGGCAGCAACGGCAUCAUGCCUCCCCACCAGAUCAACACCUACCGGCCGCCUUCCAAGCGCCGAGGCUCGUCUUUGACCUAUGACAAGAUGAGCAAUCUCAGCCUUGCCGAGCAGCAGGCGCGAAGGGACUCGGGUAUGAGCUCGCAGAGCAACCUGAGCCCCUGGGAGGACGACCGACGCGGAAGCGGCGGAAGCUGGACGAGCGCAGGGAGUCAGGGUUAUUCCAUGUCGGGCUACCCUAUGGAUCCUUACGACCAGCGAGGUCCUCCCCACGGCCCUCCAAAUGGCACCUACGAUUCGCCGAGGGGCUCAGUCUCUGAUACGACAUGUACUGGCGGCCCUACAGUAUUCGGACGUAGGCCAAGCAUUGGGAUCAGUCAUCUCGUCCAGGGUGGGUCGGGCGGCUAUGGUGGACCGCCAGCGUAUGCGAGGUCGCUACCUCCUGUCGCCCACUCGCCUCCUGAGGAGAAUCGCGACUCGCCCCACUCGGCUCAUGCGAUGGUACCGGAUCGAGGGGGGCCGUACCUAACCUCGGCACCGGCCGGUCCUCCACUUGCCCCACCGAGUGGUCCUUGGCGCCCCGUCCCUGGAUCCUACAAUGAACCCCAUCGCGAUAGUCGUCAAAGCUCGACCGGCUCUCUCGGACCGUACGGGAUGGGCAUGGGUGGCGAUGGGGACCCGGACCAUUUCAAGGAUUCGCCUUAUGCCCGCAGCCCCGAGCUUCGCGUAACGCACAAGUUGGCCGAGCGCAAACGCCGCAAGGAGAUGGCGCACCUGUUUGAUGACCUGCGCGACGCACUGCCUGUCGACCGGGGGCUCAAGAGCAGCAAAUGGGAGAUUCUGAGCAAAGCCGUCGAUUUCAUCCAGCAGCUCAAGGCGACGAACGUCGAGCUCGGCAAGGACAACGCCAGGUUGAGGGCUCAUGUCGGUUAUGGUCCUGGUUCUAUCGUCGGUACAUCGAUACCGGGAGGUGUAGUCAAUUCGCCACCACCGCACCCACCGCAUAUGCAGAGCCCUAGGAUGUCGAUUUCGGCGCCUUCCCACCCGCCGCCGCAGAUGUACCAGAACCACUCGAGGCAGCCGAGCGAUUAUUCCUCACACCCCGUGUCGGUUCAGUCGGGGUCGUCUUCGGCUGCAGUCUCGGAUUUCUCAGGCGAACACGCUCAUCAACAGCAGCAGCGGCACCCAAAACAACAGGGGCAGCAGCACCAACACCAACGGCAGCAGCAGCAGCCGCCGUCGCACCAACAGAUGCAGCAGCAGCAGCAGCAACAGCAACAGCAACAGCAGCAACAUCACUCUCACCCAGGACAAUCUCGACAUGGAUCCUACCAACACUCUGCCCCACCCCAACACCAGCGCACAGCCUCGACGAUGAGCCUCGCCUCAGAUCGAGGAUCGGGUUCGCCGAGCGGGGUUGGGGGCGGCAACGUCGGCGAUGCGGGCUCGAUGAUGGCUUCGGAACAGUCCGACUUUAACGACAGCGGUGUUGGUGCUAAUUCUGGCGUCAAGAACGCUUCGCCUCUUUCCAACUCGUCGGUUACGUUCGCGCCUACGAUAGACGCCACAACCGUCGCCGCCUGA